GUAGUGUGGGAAACUGAAGCAGAGAUGGCGAACCAAAAAGCUGAGGAUGAAAUAAAGGAAGAUGGGGUUCACCUGAGACGCAGAAUUAGUCUGGUGUCCGCGGUCUCCUUUAUCAUGGGCACCAUGGUGGGCAGUGGGAUCUUCAUCGCACCCAAAGGAGUGCACAUGAAUACGGGCAGUGUGGGACUCUCUCUGAUCGUCUGGCUGCUCUGUGGACUCCUUUCUACAUUGGGUGCUUUGUGUUAUGCUGAGUUGGGUACGAGUUUCAAAAAGUCUGGCGGCCAUUACACAUAUUUACUUGAGACCCUUGGGCCACUUCCUGCAUUCCUGAGGCUUUGGUCCGAGUACGUUUUCAUCAGACCUGCAGUCACCGCGUACAUUUCACUGGCUUUUGGACAUUAUGUCAUAAAACCCUUUUUCACGCCAUGCCCAGCUCCUAUACCACUAAUUAAACUGACUAGUUUUCUGGGACUGACAUUUCUGGUGGCGGUGAACUGCUGGAGUGUAUCGCUGUCCUCUCGUACACAGAUUCUUCUCUUGAUCAUUAAACUCUUUGCUCUGGUUCUGAUCAUCGUCCCAGGAAUUACAGCCCUGGCCAAAGGGCGAACUGAAAAUUUUGAGAAUGCAUUUAAUUCUGAGACGCUCACAUUGUCCAAGCUGCCUUUAGCUUUCUACUCAGGCCUUUAUGCCUUCUCUGGAUGGUUUGUAUUAAACUUUGUGACAGAGGAGGUUAUCAAUCCAAAAAGAAACAUUCCACUGGCCAUCAUUUUGUCCAUGAUUACAGUUAGUAUAUUAUACCUGGUGGUGAACGUGGCAUAUUAUACCGUAAUGACUGGAGACGAGCUGCUGAUAUCCGAUGCCGUAGCAGUGACUUUCGCCAGCAAAGUCCUGCCCAGAAUGGCAUCAAUGGUGCCCUUACUGGUGGCCAUGUCCUGUUUUGGAACCAUGAAUAGUGGCAUCUUUUCAACACCUAGGAUGUUGUUUGUGGCAGCCCGGGAGGGACAAUGGCCAGCUCUGUUUUCUAUGAUACACAUCCGAAGAAAUACACCAAUGCCUGCUGUAUUAUUUAUGGCUCCUCCCAUGGUUAUCAUGUUGGCAGGAGGGGAAAUAUAUCAAUUGAUCAACUUCGCCUCCUUCUCGCGCUGGCUUUUCAUCGCCCUUGUAACACUGGGGCUCCUCAUCCAUCGCUACCGAUUUCCAGAUCAUCCAAGAACUUUUAAGGUUCAUCUGGCUGUUCCUGUGACCUUCACCGUGGUGUGUUUCUUUAUCGUGGGCCUGUCUCUGUAUUCAGACCCAUGGAACACUGGCUGCAGUUUAGCUGUUACGUUCACUGGGAUCCCAGUUUACUACCUGACUGUAAAGCACUCUUAUGUACCAACGCGUUUGAGAAAAGUCUUUGAUUACUGCACUACGCAACUUCAGAUCUUGUUGGAGGUGGUACAGCAGGAAGUUCAGACCUACUGAAUGAGCACAGCCAUUAGACUGAUUGGCAGUGCACACUUUGGCUAAUGAUCUCCAUUAACAGCACCACACUAAUGGAUUUUUAACAAAAUGUGAACGAAUGUUAAGACUAAUAAUAGAGAAACAGUAAA